UACAAACCAGCAGAUCAGUUUGAAUUCAAACAUGUCUUCAUAUCAACGGAAAUUGUCUCCGAACCCGAAUCCGAGCUUCGACGAGAAACAAUGGGUGAUCCAGAUUCGCCGAGCUCUAGAUGAAGAGCUCGAGGAAGAAACUGAAACCCCAGUUCGGAUCUUCACUGUUCCCAAACCGCUACUGGCCACUCAUCCGGAUUCUUACAUCCCACACCAAGUAUCAGUCGGGCCUUACCAUUAUACCCGACCGGAACUCCGCGAGAUGGAGAGGUACAAGCUUGCUGCUGCCAAAAGAAAUCACAAGGAUUUCCAGAACCUCAAGCUCCAGUUUCUGGUCGACUGUUUAGUGGAACUCGAACCCAAGAUUCGUGCUUGUUACAACAAGUACCUGAUAUUCAAUGGCGAGACGUUGGCCUGGAUGAUGGCGGUGGACGUGUCUUUCUUGUUUGAGUUCUUGCAAGUUUGUGCAGUUAAACAUGGCAACGAAACGGCGAUGACUAACGUUGUUUCAUCAAGAUUUUCGUACUUGGUCGGGUUGGCAGGGAAUAAGGCGGCACACAAUGCGAUCCUCAGAGAUAUUUCGAUGCUUGAGAACCAAAUCCCUCUGUUUGUGCUCAGAAAAUUGUUGGAACUUGUGUUUUCGUCGUCUGAGAAUGCGGAUGAGACAUUGCUUGUUAUGCUAAUGGGGUUCUGUGAAGAGCUUUCUCCAUUCAGGAUGGUGGAGGAAGACUUACCAAAUAUUUUCCAAGUUAGAGAUUGUGCUCAUUUGCUCGAUGUUCUAUACCGUUUUUGCGUGCCCAAAUUGGAGGGAUUUUCUUACAUGAAUUCAGAGUCAGUUGAAGAAGCGGUUCAAGUCAAGCAAGAAUAUUGUGGCGAUGAACGUCGUGCAGCAUCGGAUGAUGGUGAGGGACAGAAGGUAUGGAUGAAAGUUUUGAAUUUCCAAGCACCGUUGAACUUCAUCAAGAAGAUUGUAUUCUCCAAGCCCAUGAAGAUGAUUGUGAGAUUGCCUUGGACAAUUCUUUCCAAUCUACCUAUAUUGAAAGUCACGAAACAACUAUUGGAGAACUUCUUCAAUUCCUUGGAUGAAAACGAGAAGAGCAAUAAUAAAGGUGGAAGUACUAAGAAUAGCAUCACACACAAUCCCCCAUUGCUAGAAGAAAUCAAAAUCCCUUCUGUAAUGGAGCUUGCCAAGGCCGGGGUACGUUUUGAGCCCACCGAAGGAGGCAUCUCAACCAUAACAUUCGACAACAAGAACGUCGUUCUGUAUCUCCCAACCAUCAGCCUAGACGUGAACUCUGAGGUCGUGCUGCGAAACUUGGUUGCAUACGAGGCUUGCAGUGCGUGGGGGCCAUUGGUGUUGGCUCGUUACACGGAGUUAAUGAAUGGGAUCAUCGACACAGAGGAGGACGCCAAGUUUCUUUGUGAAAGAGGGAUCAUAAGGAAUCAUUUGAAGAGUGAUGGGGAGGUGGCUGAUCUUUGGAAUGGGAUGAGCAAGUCUAUCAGAUUGACCAAAGUGCCAUUCUUGGACAAGGUGAUUGAAGAUGUGAACAAGUAUCAUAAUGGGAUGUGGAAGGUUAAAUGUGGGAAAUACAUGAAGAACUAUGUGUUUGGAUCAUGGAGGAUUCUCACAUUUCUUGCUGCUAUAUUGAUGUUGUUGUUUAUGGCUUUACAAGCCUUUUGCUCUGUGUAUAACUGCGCUCGUCUUGUACCUAUAAAGGACCUCGAUUAGGUUAUAUAUAGGCUACUAUAUGUUUAUAUGUAUAUAUAGUUAGGUAAUUCUUUAAUUUCUUGAUCUCGAACAUUCUAAAAAUGAA